UUUACAGACAGAGAGCCAUGGACACACUGAGGAAAGGUGUGUUUGCGCUUUCCGUACUAGCGGUGCCUGUUUCCUGUUCUGAUAAUUUUUUCACUGAACCAGUCAUCUGCUAUUUCCUGGAUGGAUUUCUGAUCAUUUAUUGCAUCAUUGUCACAGGGUUCUUCUUCAGAGAAAAGUUUUCCAAAGGCCCAUCUGUUGGAGUCACUGAAGAAAAUGGCAUUUAUCAGGAACUUGAGAGACCAAAAGAUGCUGAUCCUUAUGAGGUGCUUGACCCAUCAAAAAGAAAGAAAAAAGCAGGCAAGAAAAAGAAACCUGAGACGGCGAGGGACCCCUUUGAGUCUUUGAUUCCCAGUACCUCAUCUCCUCCUCGUCCUGUUCCUCCUCUGUCUCCCCACUGACAUCCUACAGUAUCAGCAACAGUGUUACUAAACACAAUUUGAGUCAUUUAUUAAACUAACAAAAAAAAUAUCUAUUUUGUGGCUUCAGCUUCUCAGAUAUGAGGAUUUGCUGCAUUUUUAUCCUUUAUGUGAUGCUAAAUUAAAUGUGUCUAGUCAGAGAAAACAGUUUUAAGUCACUUUGUAUUUGUGUUAUGUUGUGAUAAGCUUUUCUCUCAUGUUAUACAAUUAAAAACUAACAAUGAACCCUACAUUAAGGCUAAAAACAAACUCUUUAUGAGUUCAGAUAUUUGAUGUAACCAUUUUUACAUCUUUAAGGUUGUACUUGCACAGCAGUUGAUAAUGCUAAACAGUGAUCAACAACAGUAAAACCAGCAGAUAGAUAAAGGGAAUAUCAUCAACCGUCUUCUUAAAAUGCAACUUUCUGCUGGGCUCUGACUAUAGACUGUAUAUUGUAAAUACAGAACUUUAUAUUGUUUUUGUCUAAGUGCCGCCCACCCCCAUGUCAGAUCAACUGCAGUCUGAAUCCAAAUCAAACCUGAAUCAGUUCAACUAUCCCUGUGUUAGCAAAACAAGUUUGAGCCAUGGAGGCUCCACCUUGCAACCCACGGCGCCAAAAGAAUCUGCAACAUACUGAAGCCAGAGAUGACUGGACAUCCCCUUACCACGACCUGCCAAAGCCGGUGGAUUUAUAUUGCAGCAGAUCAGUGUGAAUUAUAUUAUUUAUAAUACUUGGCUGCUUGAAUUACAUGUUUUUAGAAAAUGCUCAUGUAUUGGGAUUCUCUCACAGACACAUCUCUAGGGUUUACAGAGAUGAAAAAGAAAAUAUCCAGUGAGUGGAUAGGAAGCAAACGGUAACUGAAAUAAACACUUGUUACACAACUAAAGUAUGCAGAAGAGCAUCUCUGAACAAAGACUCUUGAAACAAAUGUGCUACAGCAGCAGAAGACCACACCGGGUGUCAGCAAUGUUAGAAAAGUACAGGAAAGAUGGUUCAGCUGGACACAUCAACAGAAUAUUGGAAAAAAGAAAAACCACUUCCUGGUCUUAGGAGUCUCAAUUUCUGUUACAACUUCAGAUGGUAGGACCUUGUAGGGAUGGUAGGUUAAAUGUGUUGUAUGGGACGACUUCUUGGCACAUUUGCAUCAACUUGGCAUUCAUCAUUUAAACAGCAGAGACUGAGUAUUGUUACUGACCAUGUCCAUCCCGUUAUAACCAAAGUGUACCAACAAAUCAAUUUUUGAGAUCAUCGUCCUAAAUGUUGUAUAGAUGGAAGCAAAAUCUGUCUGGCACUGAUGUAGAAUGAUUAAAAUUUGUACAUUUAAUCCCAAUAAAA